CGUUGACUUGACGCUGAGCUUCCAAGAUGGCUGUCCUGCUCAGGCAGUUAGGACUGCAUUUCCUGGUUUCGCUUUUACUCAUCACAUUCACUGAGCACUUUACACAGGCGAUAGGUGGUCGUGUGUGUGCCGAGGCGUGGGAGUGGGAGCAGAGACAUCGAGAGAGCCGACAGGAGAAGAGAGUGGCCACCAACUCCCCCGUCAUCUUCCGCCUCACCAGCAUGGGCCCUUACAAAGGCAACGGCUUCAAGGUGCACUUCAACGAGUUCAGACCUACCAUCCCCUGUUACGCACAAGAGUUUCGCUGCCAGGAGUUCCAGCGCUGUGUGCACGAUGACCUGGCGUGUGACGGCUGGGACGACUGCGGCGACGACAGCGACGAGGAAGAGGACGCCGGCUGUGGCCUCCUCACCGCCUGCGAGAUCUGCGCCGUCAUCAUCGGCUCUGUGUUUAUCGUGGCAUCCAUCGCUAUCAUCGUCGUUUUCGUAGUCACAUAUCGGAGGAGGAAACUGGACUACUACGCUAAUAAAAACGGCAGUGUGUGGACUCCGUACACAGUUCAGAGAUCCGAGUCGAAGACGCCAAUCGCGCACGACAACUACUCGCUACCCGACUCCACCAUCACGUUCCCGCGUCGCUACAACUCCCAGGAGUCCAUGAGCAAGUCGGCCUUUUCCCGGCACACGCGCAGGGACUCGGACAACGACUCCAUUGACAAACUGGAGCUGGAGAAAUCGGAUCGGUUUUCCUACAACAAGACUCCAGACAACAUGUCGGAGAAAUCGUCGAGGUCCGCCAAGAACCGCGGGCGACUCGGAGACAACAGACUCGGCUCCACCACCAAAGAUCCCGGUUCUGUCAACGGCUACGGGAGCAAGGAGAGGCUCAGUGAUAGGGACAAGGGACGCCGGGACCGGAGCAGGGAUCGAUACUAUCGGGAUCGGGAUUACAGACGAGACGACAGCGAUCGCGAUACUCCCAGGUCUGAUGACGAGGAUCGGGAUCGGGAUCGUGGGUAUCGGAGGAGGAGUAGUCGAGAAAGGAGUCGGGAUCGAGAUUACUCCUAUAGUGAUGAUAGUGAUUAUGAGAGGGAGAGAAGAAGGCGGAGGAGGAGGAGAAGGAGUUAUGAUAGAUACAGUGAUGAAGAUAGUGAUUCGGAGUAUGAAAGAGAAAGGAGGAGGCGGAGGAGGAGUAGGGAUCGAUACAGCCGGGAUAGGUGCGAUGAUCGAGACAGGUACGACAGUGACAGGGAUCGUAAGAGUGAGAAGGACUUUGAUAGGGAGUCAGAUCGUCCGCGGAGAAGAAGCAGCAGAGAAAGAGAGAGACACCGAGACAGUUACGAAGAUGACAGAGACAAGGAAAAGUACAGCGGGGAUGACAGUAGGGACAGAAAAGGAUUUGAUGAUAGCAGUAGAGGAGAGAAACCCGGAAAGGACAGGGAAGACAGAGAGAGGGAUCAAUACUACAACACCGACAAACCAGAUUCGAGAGGAGGACGCAGGAGUGCGGAGAGAAAGCCGUACGGAGACGGGGAAGAUGUCGUGUCGGACAGAGCACAGGACAGACCGACAGAGUCUCAGCCGUCGCGAUACGAGAACAGGCGGUCGAGAAGCAGAGAGAACGUACGACCUGCCAGAGAUGAAGAGAUAGCCCCGCCCCCUAAGAGCGAGGAACUCCGACAGAGAGCGCCAGCAGACAACUACCCGAGAAGGCCUCCUGCGAUGAACGCUGCUCCGACAGGAAAUGAUGCAAACAACAGCGGCACGGCUGAGCCAGUGAGAACGUACCGUAGGCGGAGCAGCGAUGAGAGACGAGGGAGGAGGAGGAGCAGGGGUCCCCAGCCCAGUGACGAGUACGCUCCCCCAGAGUAUGAAGAUGUUGCGGUUUUACCAGAGCUUGCUGGGGGGUAUAAAGAGGCUGCUGUUUGAUUCCAGCCCAAAAUGUUCUGCUUCCUGUAGGGUAUACAAAGAUCCUGCUGAUUGAUUCGAGUCCUUAGUGAAGUUCUUUCUUUGAGCUAUACAAUAACCAGUGCGAGGCUGCUGGUUGAUUCCAGUCUAUAGAGUAGUUCUUUCUUUGGGGUAUACAAAGAUUCUGCUGUUUGAUACUAGUCUAUAGUGUAGUUCCCUUUGGGAUAUGCAAUCAGCUGUUUGAUCCCAUGCCAGUCCAUGGUGUAGCUCUUUUUGUGGGGAUAGCCUGCGAAAUGACUGCUUUUUAAUUCCAUCCAUAAAAUGUCAUUCUUUCUCCAGAGGCACAUGUUUUUUCCAUCUUUAUUUUUUUCCAAAUUUUAUGGACACCUGGUGUUUAGUAUUCCUCCAGCCAUCUGUUUAAGUGGGCAGUACAGGGGUUCUUUUUUGUUGUCUUCUAUAGUUCAAAGAUGCAGCUAUUUGAAUUGCCGUUGAAAGAUUUUUAAAAUUUUAAAAUGUUCAAACUUGCAGCUAUUUGAAUUGACCGUAGUGAAUUUUUUUUUUUUUUAAAUCAAAGAGGCAGCCAUUGUAAAAAUAGCCUGCAUAGGUACACAUCAUAAUGCAUAGACUGGCUUAACUGGCUGUUUGAUUUCAAUUCAAUUUCAACACUUUGAGAGUAGAAAUUCUGUCAGUGGUUUCAAUUGUAGCUCACACAUUAUUGGUCUCUGGAAGAAGAAAAGUGCCUUUGUGAACCAAUCAAAUGUGUCCUGUUUGGGAUUUCCCUUUCUUGCGUCCCUGUCAAUGUACAUCCUUGCCUGUGAGUUUUAUUAACUGUUUCAUUUUUUUCUUUUCCAUACCCAAACAGUACUGAGUAAAUAUAUGGAGUUGUGAGGAAUUGUGUUGCCAACACCGUUUAGAAAAGAAGGAUGGAGUAAACAUUUUGAGCUUUCUUCAAGAUUUAACUUGUUCUAGAUUCUGAGAAUCAAGAAGUGAUCUUAGGAAAUUACGUAAAUAAGAUAGAUUUGAUAUUAAUAGUAGCUCACCCUACCAGACCUCACUUCUAUGGAAUUUAACGGGGGGGAGGGGAGAGAUUGAAAUUAAGGUAGCUUCACAUCCCCAAAUCGCUACCGGUACUUCUCCACUUAUGCAAGAGACAUUUCUUUGGUAUGUGGGAAAAGUUGCCUUUGAAGAAGAGGGGGGUGGGGGUCUGUAGGUCUAUUUUAUUUUUUAGUCAGUAAUCUGUCCAAGCUCUUUCCUUGGGCUGUAAAGAGGUGUCUAAUUGAUUCCAGCGAAAACCAGACAGACAGUAUAGCCCCCCGUAUAGCCACUGGUUCUGUCACAUCAGUAGUAUCCAACAAUGUUGUAGAUCUCAGUGUAAAUAGCGGUCUUUGCUUAAAAUGGAUUCUGAUAAAAAA